AUGGCCGACCAUGGUGGGCCGCCCCAAGCAGACGCGAUCCCUGACUCUGUUCUAGAGGAGAAAUCGCGAAAAUGGAAACAACUACAAGGAAAACGGUACGCCGAGAAGAAGAAGUUCGGAAUGGCGGACACCCAAAAGGAAGAGAUGCCGCCUGAGCACGUCCGUAAAGUGAUCAGGGACCACGGAGACAUGACUUCCCGCAAAUACCGUCACGACAAGCGAGUCUACCUUGGAGCUCUUAAGUACAUGCCUCACGCCGUUUUGAAGCUUCUCGAGAACAUGCCUAUGCCCUGGGAGCAGAUUCGCGAUGUUAAAGUGCUGUACCAUAUUACUGGAGCCAUCACGUUUGUCAACGACAUUCCACGUGUUAUCGAGCCAGUUUACAUGGCUCAAUGGGGUACAAUGUGGAUUAUGAUGAGAAGAGAAAAACGUGAUCGUCGUCACUUCAAAAGAAUGCGUUUCCCGCCGUUCGAUGACGAAGAACCGCCAUUGGAUUACGCGGACAACAUUUUGGAUGUGGAGCCGUUGGAACCAAUCCAAAUGGAGCUGGACCCAGAAGAAGACGGCGCCGUCGCCGAAUGGUUUUAUGACCACAAACCACUGGCGACGACUCGUUUCGUGAAUGGACCCACCUACAGAAAAUGGGCGUUCAGCAUUCCGCAAAUGUCCACUUUGUACCGUUUGGCCAAUCAAUUGCUGACCGAUUUGGUGGAUGACAACUACUUUUAUCUUUUCGAUAUGAAGAGUUUCUUCACUGCGAAAGCUCUAAAUGUCGCUAUUCCGGGAGGUCCGAAGUUCGAACCAUUGGUCAAGGAUAUGCAUACGUACGUUGUUCCUGAGAAUUCUCAUCAGAUGUGACUUUUUCAGUGAUGAGGACUGGAACGAGUUCAACGACAUUAACAAAGUGAUCAUUCGUGCUCCGAUUCGUACCGAAUACCGUAUCGCUUUCCCAUUCAUGUACAACAAUCUGAUCAGCUCUCUUCCUGUGCAAGUCUCGUGGUAUCACACACCCACUGUCGUUUUCAUCAAGACCGAAGACCCAGAUCUUCCGGCCUUCUACUACGAUCCACUGAUCAAUCCGAUUGUGCUCAGCAAUCUUAAAGCGGUGAGCGUUCGCUUUAUUGCGAUUAAAAUUCUCAUAUUUGCGAAUAUAAUAAGCAAAACCUUGCAAAUUUACAAGGCGUUUGGCAGCCGAAAUUCGCGAGAUAAACCACCUUGAAAGGCGAGAAAUCACCUAGAAUUUGCGGUGACCUCUAGAUUUUUAACCUGGGAACAUUUUCAGACAGAAGAAAGCCUUCCGCAAGGAGAGGAGGACGACGAGUGGGAGCUCCCCACAGAUGUCCGUCCGAUCUUCGAGGACGUUCCACUUUACUCGGACAACACCGCCAACGGUUUGGCUCUUCUCUGGGCUCCACGGCCAUUCAAUCUCCGAUCCGGAAGGACAAGAAGAGCUGUCGAUGUGCCGUUGGUCAAGUCGUGGUACAGAGAACAUUGUCCAGCUGGUUAGUUUCGAAAAUUCAAAGCAUUGUAACUAAAUUAAAUCUUGAUUUUCAGGAAUGCCCGUCAAAGUGCGUGUUUCCUACCAGAAACUGCUCAAAGUCUUCGUGCUCAACGCUCUCAAGCAUCGUCCGCCGAAGCCGCAGAAGCGUCGUUACCUGUUCCGUUCGUUCAAGGCCACCAAAUUCUUCCAAACGACCACACUGGAUUGGGUGGAGGCAGGUCUUCAAGUGCUCCGUCAGGGAUACAACAUGCUCAAUCUGCUUAUUCACCGAAAGAAUCUCAACUACCUCCAUUUGGACUACAAUUUCAAUCUGAAGCCCGUCAAGACACUGACGACGAAGGAAAGAAAGAAAUCGAGAUUCGGAAACGCGUUCCAUUUGUGUCGUGAAAUUCUACGUUUGACGAAAUUGGUGGUGGAUGCUCAUGUACAGUACCGUCUCAACAAUGUGGAUGCCUAUCAGCUGGCUGACGGUCUUCAGUACAUUUUCGCGCACGUCGGACAGUUGACAGGAAUGUACAGAUACAAAUAUAAGCUGAUGCGACAAGUGAGAAUGUGCAAAGAUCUCAAACAUCUCAUCUACUAUCGCUUCAACACUGGACCGGUCGGAAAAGGACCCGGAUGCGGAUUCUGGGCACCUGGAUGGAGAGUCUGGCUCUUCUUCCUCCGAGGAAUCACUCCGUUGCUCGAGAGAUGGCUCGGAAACUUGCUCUCCCGACAGUUCGAAGGAAGACAUUCGAAGGGAGUCGCCAAGACGGUCACCAAACAGAGAGUCGAGUCCCACUUCGAUUUGGAGCUACGGUUCGUUCACAUAACUUCCAAAUGCUUUUCUAUUAGCGUUAACAUUGUAGAAAUCAGAAUUAUUACAAAAGCUAAUCUCUAUGCUUCUCUUAGAAAUCACUUGUUUUCAGUGCCGCUGUUAUGCACGAUAUCCUGGACAUGAUGCCGGAUGGAAUCAAGCAGAACAAGGCUCGUGUCAUCCUCCAGCACUUGUCCGAAGCGUGGCGAUGCUGGAAGGCCAACAUUCCAUGGAAGGUACCCGGACUGCCGACGCCCGUUGAGAACAUGAUCCUCCGCUACGUGAAGGCGAAGGCCGACUGGUGGACCAACUCGGCUCACUACAACAGAGAACGUGUGCGUCGCGGAGCCACAGUCGACAAGACGGUGUGCAAGAAGAACUUGGGAAGACUGACUCGUUUGUACCUGAAGUCGGAGCAAGAACGGCAGCACAACUACCUGAAGGACGGACCGUACAUUUCUGCAGAGGAAGCCGUCGCCAUCUACACGACAACUGUGCAUUGGCUCGAAUCUCGCAGAUUCUCUCCGAUUCCGUUCCCGCCGCUCUCCUACAAACACGACACGAAACUGUUGAUUUUGGCUUUGGAAAGACUCAAAGAGAGUUACAGUGUCAAGAAUCGGCUGAAUCAGUCGCAAAGAGAAGAGUUGGCGCUCAUCGAGCAAGCUUACGACAAUCCGCACGAGGCGCUCUCUCGCAUUAAGAGACAUAUGCUCACUCAGAGAGCUUUCAAGGAAGUCGGCAUCGAAUUCAUGGAUCUCUACACCCAUCUUAUACCGGUUUACGAUAUUGAACCACUGGAGAAGGUUACCGACGCGUACCUCGAUCAGUAUUUGUGGUACGAGGCGGACAAACGACGCUUGUUCCCAGGAUGGGUGAAGCCGGGAGACACUGAGCCGCCACCGUUGCUCACUUACAAAUGGUGCCAGGGACUCAACAAUCUGCAGGACGUCUGGGAGACUUCGGAGGGAGAGUGCAAUGUAAUAAUGGAGACAAAAUUGGAAAAAAUAGCUGAGAAGAUGGAUUUGACGCUUCUGAACAGACUGCUCCGAUUGAUUGUGGAUCACAACAUUGCGGAUUACAUGACUUCGAAGAACAACGUUCUGAUCAACUACAAGGAUAUGAACCACACGAACUCGUUCGGUAUCAUCCGUGGUCUUCAGUUCGCCUCGUUCAUCGUCCAGUUCUACGGACUCGUCCUCGAUUUGCUCGUUCUCGGACUGCGCAGAGCAUCGGAAAUCGCCGGACCGCCUCAGUGUCCGAACGAAUUCCUUCAGUUCCAGGACGUGGCCACCGAAAUCGGACAUCCGAUUCGUCUCUACUGCCGUUAUAUCGAUCGCGUCUGGAUCAUGUUCAGAUUCUCGGCCGACGAGGCUCGUGAUCUCAUUCAACGGUAUCUGACUGAGCAUCCGGAUCCGAACAACGAGAAUAUCGUGGGAUACAACAACAAGAAGUGCUGGCCGAGAGACGCGCGAAUGCGUCUGAUGAAGCACGAUGUCAAUCUGGGAAGAGCUGUGUUCUGGGAUAUCAAGGUGAGCAAAAUGGGGGAAUAGGAAGACGAGGUAUAAGAAAGCGACCAACUUUUCAUUGGUUGUUCGUUGAUAAAUCCUCGAAAACGAAUGGAAAUUAGCGAUAACUCGCCUCAUGAACAGAUCCAUCAAUUCCACCGAAUGGUUAGGUCUACUUUAGAGGCGCACAUUUAAUUUUCCAACUUUUUGAAACCUUUUAAAAUAACCUAUUUUCCUUUUUCAGAAUCGUCUUCCGCGUUCCAUCACCACCGUCGAAUGGGAGAACUCUUUCGUGUCGGUCUACUCGAAAGACAACCCGAACAUGCUCUUCGAUAUGGGCGGUUUCGAGUGCCGUAUCCUUCCGAAGUGCCGUACAGCCAACGAGGAAUUCGUGCAUCGUGACGGAGUGUGGAAUCUUCAGAACGAGGUGACGAAGGAGCGAACUGCUCAGUGUUUCCUGAAGGUCGAUGAGGAGUCCAUGUCCAAGUUCCACAACAGAAUUCGUCAAAUUCUGAUGUCUUCCGGAUCGACGACGUUCACAAAGAUUGUCAACAAAUGGAACACCGCACUCAUCGGACUGAUGACCUACUUCAGAGAGGCCGUUGUCAACACGCAGGAGCUGUUGGAUCUGCUUGUGAAAUGCGAGAACAAGAUCCAAACGAGAAUCAAGAUCGGACUGAACUCCAAGAUGCCUUCCCGCUUCCCGCCAGUCGUCUUCUACACCCCGAAAGAAAUCGGAGGACUCGGAAUGCUCUCAAUGGGACACGUUCUCAUUCCGCAAUCGGAUCUCCGCUGGAUGCAGCAGACCGAGGCCGGAGGAGUCACCCACUUCCGUUCCGGAAUGAGCCACGACGAAGAUCAACUCAUUCCAAAUCUCUACCGAUACAUCCAACCGUGGGAGGCCGAGUUCGUGGAUUCUGUCCGUGUUUGGGCUGAAUACGCGCUGAAACGUCAAGAAGCGAACGCUCAGAAUCGGCGAUUGACUCUGGAGGACUUGGACGAUUCGUGGGAUCGCGGAAUUCCCAGAAUCAACACGCUCUUCCAAAAGGAUCGUCACACAUUGGCAUACGACAAGGGAUGGCGUGUCAGAACCGAGUUCAAGGCUUAUCAGAUUCUGAAGCAGAAUCCGUUCUGGUGGACUCAUCAAAGACACGAUGGAAAACUGUGGAACCUCAACAACUACCGUACCGACAUGAUUCAGGCGCUGGGAGGAGUGGAAGGUAUUCUGGAGCACACUCUGUUCCGCGGAACCUACUUCCCCACCUGGGAGGGUCUCUUCUGGGAGCGUGCUUCCGGAUUCGAGGAGUCUAUGAAGUUCAAGAAGUUGACGAACGCUCAGCGCUCCGGUCUCAACCAGAUUCCGAAUCGUCGUUUCACUCUCUGGUGGUCUCCCACCAUCAACCGUGCCAACGUGUACGUCGGUUUCCAAGUGCAGCUCGAUUUGACCGGAAUUUUCAUGCACGGAAAAAUUCCGACGCUCAAGAUCUCGCUCAUCCAGAUCUUCCGUGCUCACUUGUGGCAGAAGAUCCACGAGUCGGUUGUCAUGGAUUUGUGCCAGGUGUUCGAUCAAGAGCUCGACGCUUUAGAGAUUCAGACGGUGCAGAAGGAAACGAUCCAUCCGAGAAAGUCCUACAAAAUGAACAGCUCGUGCGCCGAUGUUCUCCUCUUCGCACAGUACAAAUGGAACGUCUCCAGACCAUCUUUGAUGGCCGACAGCAAGUGAGUUUCUGUUCCUAGCUAGAAAAUUGAAUUUUCCCGUAGUCUUUUAAUGGCUUGAUUCGAAGAUUAUCUGUUUUUUUUAAAGUAAUUACUCCCAUUUUCCAGGGACGUGAUGGACAACACCACCACCCAAAAGUACUGGCUCGACGUGCAACUUCGUUGGGGAGACUACGAUUCUCACGACAUUGAGCGGUACGCGCGUGCCAAAUUCCUCGACUACACGACAGACAACAUGUCGAUUUACCCGUCGCCGACCGGAGUGCUCAUCGCCAUCGACCUCGCCUACAAUCUGUAUUCGGCCUAUGGAAACUGGUUCCCGGGAAUGAAGCCGUUGAUCCGACAGGCAAUGGCCAAGAUCAUCAAGGCCAAUCCGGCGUUCUAUGUGCUCCGUGAGCGUAUCCGCAAGGGACUUCAGCUCUAUUCAUCUGAGCCAACGGAGCCGUACUUGACGAGUCAGAACUACGGAGAACUGUUCAGCAACCAGAUCAUUUGGUUCGUCGACGAUACUAAUGUGUACAGAGUGACCAUUCACAAGACGUUCGAAGGAAAUUUGACGACGAAGCCAAUCAACGGAGCCAUCUUCAUCUUCAAUCCACGUACCGGACAACUCUUCCUCAAAAUCAUUCACACUUCUGUGUGGGCCGGACAGAAACGUCUCUCGCAGUUGGCCAAAUGGAAGACCGCCGAAGAAGUGGCCGCGUUGAUCCGCUCGCUUCCAGUCGAAGAACAGCCGCGCCAGAUUAUCGUGACCAGAAAGGCUAUGUUGGAUCCGCUCGAAGUGCAUCUUCUCGAUUUCCCGAACAUUGUCAUCAAGGGAUCCGAACUGAUGCUUCCGUUCCAGGCUAUUAUGAAGGUCGAGAAGUUCGGAGAUCUCAUUCUGAAGGCCACCGAGCCACAGAUGGUGCUCUUCAAUCUGUACGACGAUUGGCUCAAGACCAUCUCCUCGUACACUGCAUUCUCUCGUGUCGUGCUUAUUAUGCGUGGAAUGCACAUCAAUCCGGACAAGACGAAGGUGAUUCUGAAGCCGGAUAAGACGACAAUCACCGAACCGCAUCACAUUUGGCCGACACUUUCCGACGACGACUGGAUCAAGGUGGAGUUGGCAUUGAAGGACAUGAUUCUGGCGGAUUACGGAAAGAAGAACAACGUGAAUGUGGCCUCGCUGACUCAAUCCGAAGUUCGUGACAUCAUCCUCGGAAUGGAGAUCUCGGCGCCAAGUCAACAACGUCAACAAAUUGCCGACAUUGAGAAGCAGACAAAGGAGCAGUCGCAGGUGACGGCGACAACGACGAGAACUGUGAACAAGCACGGAGACGAGAUCAUCACGGCGACCACCUCUAACUACGAGACGGCCUCUUUCGCGAGUCGAACAGAGUGGCGAGUCAGAGCCAUCUCCUCAACGAAUCUUCAUCUUCGUACCCAACACAUUUAUGUGAAUUCGGACGACGUCAAAGACACUGGAUACACGUACAUUCUGCCGAAGAACAUUCUGAAGAAGUUCAUCACCAUCUCCGAUCUUCGUACUCAAAUUGCCGGAUUCAUGUACGGAGUGUCGCCUUCGGAUAACCCGCAAGUCAAGGAGAUUCGGUGCAUUGUGCUCGUUCCGCAGACGGGAAGUCAUCAACAGGUGAACCUUCCGACACAGUUGCCGGAUCACGAGUUGCUGCGAGAUUUCGAGCCGCUUGGAUGGAUGCACACGCAGCCAAACGAGUUGCCGCAGUUGUCGCCGCAGGAUGUGACCACGCACGCAAAAGUGAGUUCCGAUAGGCUACAGUAGGAAAUAUAAUAUUCAUUUUUCAGUUGCUCACGGACAAUAUCAGCUGGGACGGCGAGAAGACGGUGAUGAUCACGUGUUCGUUCACCCCCGGAUCCGUCUCACUGACCGCCUACAAACUGACGCCUUCCGGCUACGAAUGGGGCAAAGCGAACACGGACAAGGGCAACAAUCCGAAAGGAUACAUGCCGACGCACUACGAGAAAGUGCAGAUGCUGCUCUCAGAUCGAUUCCUCGGCUACUUCAUGGUCCCGUCGAACGGUGUCUGGAACUACAACUUCCAGGGACAGAGAUGGUCGCCGGCGAUGAAGUUCGACGUGUGUCUGUCGAAUCCGAAGGAGUACUAUCAUGAGGAUCAUCGGCCCGUGCACUUCCAUAACUUCAAGGUGAGAUUUAGACAGAAUCGAGAGCUUCCCGUUCUAAUUUUAUUAUUUUCAGGCAUUCGACGAUCCACUGGGAACUGGAUCCGCCGAUCGCGAGGACGCCUUCGCAUAA